GAAUGAUGACGCAAUCAAUUUGCGCCACUUGUAGAUAUUAGGAGCUAGUCACAGAUGAGCUUGCUAGCAUUUUACAGCAGAAGUCACAAUAGUGACUCGAGGCGGAAGAGACGACGUCAAUAUUUGUAGCUGACUACAAGCUAGCUGCUACAAUAUUACCUACCGAACUUUUAGUUAAUUGUGUGUGGCUAGUGUUACUGCCGAAUAUAAGGACAAGACUCAGAUAUCAACGAUUUGCUGUCUCGUUAUUUAAGACGGGGCAGGCCACUUCACUCAUUCUAGAUUUAAAAGGAGGAAUAUCAACACUACAAAGAUGGAGGCGCUCCAUGCCCACUGCAUGAAGUGUGUAAACCGGAGGUGUAUGAUCCGCCCAGAGACUGGUGUGUCCUGUGAUCUCAUUGGCUGCCCUCUCGUCUGUGGAGCAGUCUUCCACUCCUGCAAAGUGGAGGAGCAUCGUUUACUAUGCCCGUUUGAAAGAGUGCCUUGCCUCAACACUGGAUUCGGGUGCCCUUUCACUAUUGCUCGGCUCAAAAUGGCUGAACACCUAGAGACGUGCCCGGCCAGUGUGGUGUGUUGCACCAUGGAGUGGAACCGUUGGCCUGUGAGCUAUUCAGACAGGAAGUCCUAUGAGUACCUGAGCAAUGUUGAAGUGGUGGAGCAGCUAGACAUGGCCCUGGCUCUCCAAGAUCAGAGGAUGCUACUGGAGUCCCUCAGAGUCACCACCAACACGUCAAAUAACGGAUAUAAUAAACCAGCUGUGGAAACGAAUGAAAAGAUGGCUGAUGUCGUGUCAAGUGUACCAGAGACUGCAGUUAGUAAUGGAAUGGUUGAAAUGGACGAGGCUGCUGCUUUGACUAAUGGAGUGAUUGAAAUGGAUGAUGAGGAGUCCUAUAUUUCGGUACACAAAAAGAACUUAGCAGCGACCUUGGAAGUUCUCAGAAGUGCAAAGGAAGUCAACUUGAUCAAUGGAAUUAUAAAUGGGGGAAAAACGGAGCAAAAUGGGGUUCUCCAUAAUGGAGAGAACAGUGAUGAUGACUUGAAGAAUGUAGAGAUGAAGGAGAGUGGCACACAGUUGGACUGUGAGCUCGGAGCAGUGGGCGGAGUGUCCGUGGACUGUGGAGUCGGAACAGGCAGACAGGGAGAUGAGAGCCACUGGAUAGAGCUCGAUGAACUAAUCAAGUCUUCAGAGGAGGUGGAGAAGGACGGCAUGAUGGGUCUAGCAGAGGUGGGUCGUCCUCCUCUCAGUAACGGUUUCCACCAUACAGGAGACGACCACAAUCACUUGAGACGACGUGAGCGGAUGGAUCUGAGCAGAUCUCCACCCAGGCGCUCAGAAGUCAACAGGUCUUCAGACUUCAGGCCGGUGAUGCCUUAUCUCUCCAUGCCUAAUAUAGUAGCACCACGGGAGCCCUCUGGGCCCCACCCUCCACCACUACCCAUCCACCUGCCUCUUCCCAUGCCUCUCCCUAAUCUGGAACCCUACAACGUGCUCCAGCACCUGCCCUUAGAGAUCGAAGAUAGGUGGCUGGAGAGGAAACUACAGAACCUCCAGGUGCUCCGAGGGAUGAGUGUGUUUACGUUUAACGGGCGCAGAGCUAUGAUGUCUGAUCCCUAUUUGUUCAGAGCUAAAAUGGAGGACAAGUCAGUGGACACCUCAGACCUGGAGGUAACUGACGAUCCAUUGGGGCUCCAUGGGAUAGACCUGAUCACGGCAGCGCUGCUUUUCUGCCUGGGUGAUUCCCCCGGGGGCCGCAGCAUCUCAGACAGCAGGUUUGUAGAUGGUUAUCGCGUCGACUUUGGUACCCAGACCUUCUCCUUCCCCUCGGCAAUAUUGGCCACUAACACCAUGGUGGGGGACAUCGCCUCAGCGUCGGCCUGUGAUCACGCCAGCCCGCAGCUUUCCAACCCCAGCCCCUUCCACACCCUCAGACUGGACCUGGUGCUGGAGUGCGUGGCCCGCUACCAGACCAAGCAGCGCACCAUGUUCACCUUUGUGUGUGGACAGCUGUUCCGCAGGGAUGAGUUCUCCUCGCAUUUCAAAAACGUUCACGGGGACAUCCACGCCGGCCUGAACGGCUGGCUGGAGCACCGCUGUCCCCUGGCCUACUACGGCUGCACCUACUCACAGAGACGCUUCUGUCCCUCUGUGCAGGGCUCCAGAAUCAUCCACGAUAGACACCUGGGCUCGUUCGGGGUGCAGCCGGGUAUGCCUCCCGGUUCGGAGAUAAAAGUCCCCAGGAAUGCCUGUCGGUUCGGCUCCACCUGCGACCACCUGAGCUCCCUGCCCUUCGAGGUGCAACAGUAUGUGGCUAGUUUCCUGGAUGGCUUCAGCCUGUGCCAGCUGUCCAGGGUCUCACGUACCAUGAGGGAUGUGUGUGGCAGCUUACUCAAGUCCAGAGGCAUGGUGGUGCUUCUCUGGGAGAACACACGACGGGCAGAUGGGUCUUCCUCAUGGCAGAUCCAAAACAAGGUGUGGCGAUUCAGUACGGCUUUCGGUACGGUGAACGAGUGGAAGUUUGCCAACAUCGCCAAUAUGGCCGAACAUCUGAAGAAGUGCAAGUUUAACACCAUCACCCGUCGGGACGAGGCAAUCCCUCUGCCCUGCAUGUGCUUCACCAGAGAGCUCACCAAAGAGGGACGCUCACUGCGCUCAGUCCUCAAGCCAGUAUUAUGAGUUGCCCUAUAACAGGGUUGUAGUCCAUGGGUAUGUCUGAAUUGGCAUUCUAUUCCCUAUAUAUAUAGUGCACUACCUUUGAACAGGGGCCAUAGAUAUAGAGCAGCAGGUAGCCUAGCGGUUAAGAGCAUUAAGACGGUAACUGAAAGGUCGCUGGUUCGACUAUGUGGAAAAUCUCUUAAUCUCUUAAGCAAGGCACAUAAUUGCUCCUGUAAGUCGCUCUGGACAAGAGUGUCUGCUAAAUUGCUAUUAAAUUGAAAUGUAGGAAUAAGGCUGCCAUUUUGGACUAUACCCAUUUCAUUUCAGUCCAUUCAGGAAGUUUUUACUGAAUUGAAAUGGACUCCCAACCCUGCUUUUUUUCCAGCCUUGACAGAAAGAACCUGAAUUGUUUUCAAUGCCACUUUGUAAUGUCAUAUUGUUACCAAUGUACUGAAGAGAUUAACUUUUACAUACUCUGUCAAUGUGUAAAUAAAACAAAUGUUACUUUAUUUUUAUAUGAAUGACAAGCAAAGUCAGUACUGUGCCACGUUGACAAAGAAAGAAAGUGGAGCCUUAUGAUAAACACUUGCUUUCUGGUCAUACGAGGGUUCUGACGAAGAACUUUCAAAGAGAUUUUUCACUAACUCCCAGCUAGAGCGAUUUACACCAUCUUACUGUCGUGCACGGUUUUACAUACUUAGGGUCAUCAUGGUUUGAGUUAGCGGAUAAUGUCAUUACCUUAUCUGAAUUUUAAUAUUCAGACCAAACUUGAUGUCCACACUACAGGCCAUUAUCAGAAUGGAGCAUUUUACUAUGUAGCUAUUUAACUCUACAACCAGUAUCAGACCGGGCAACAAUGUUGGCUGGUUAAAUUAAGGGUGAUUGGUUGUCUUAUCUACUUUCCUAAUUUGAGAAAUGGUACUUCUGUGAAAACCAUUUGUGUGAAUACUAGUUAUUGGAUGUGUUUGAGUUCAGUGAAUCCUGCAGGUCAGGAAACGUGGGCAUACUGUCGCUUCUGGGGAUGAGUUGAUCAGUAUUGAAACUGAUCAUGGCAACUAAUAAUCAAUCAUGGUCCUGUCUAAGUAAUUUUAGUGUUCAUCUUUAUAUUUUCCUCUUGGCACUACGUAGACACUGCUCAGAAGUUGCCUGCUGUGUCUCAGGGUUUGUAAAACAUGCCUACCUCCAAAAUAAGACCCUAUUCCCCUAUAUGGUGCACUACUUUUGACAAGGGCCCAUUUUAGGGCUCUGGUCAAAAGUAGUGCACUAUAAAGGGAAUAGGGUGCCAUUUGGGAUGCAGACAAGACGCUGUAUCAAUAAGUGCUGGCCAUUACGUGUACUGUAUUGCCUGCUUCACACGACAGGUUCCACCCAAACUGUACUGUAGAGCUCUGCUUGGUUUUUGGUUCGGCUCUAGAGUGUGAAUCAGGCUCAUGUGUAAAAGAUACACCAGUCUACCAGUCUUCACAUGGAACAGUCACUUUAAAGUCAUGGUUAUAGAGUGGGGUUAGUCAGGACUGAUAUACCGGUCAGUAUUAUUGUGUUUUAUGGCAGUGUUGGUACUGACCCAUUAAAUUCCAUGUCCUCAAUAGAUCUAAUUAUCAAUAACCUGCCUAUAGUUUGACUUGAUUUUUCUCUGAGUUGAGUAUUAGUUGAAAGUCUGUUUGGAUUUGGAAGUGUGUAGAACAAGAUUUAAUUAUUCGGACAGAUUGUGCUGUAGAAAUGAAGGCUGGGAUUCAAUCUGAUCGUGAGUUGUAGACAAUGCAGCUUUUAAAGGCUAUGCUCGGAGCUCGCAUUCUUGGUAAAGGCUGCAUAUAUUGUUUCAAUUAAGUGGUACAUUGUCGACAAAGCGUAAUCGGAUUGGAGUCCGGCCUUCGUUCAUGGGUCUAAGAUUCUGUUGUAGAAAAUUGAGGGCCAGACUUGGAUCUUAAGGGCAUAGUUUGCAUCCUGUUUUUAAAAAAAGGAGUAAAAGACAAAUCACUUUAUUUGACUAAGUUCUUCUUCUCUGAAUCCCUGUACAGUUUAUUCUACAGUUGUAUUCCAUUGGGGGGGGGAGACCUGUGCAGACUUUGCAUGAUUGAAAACAUGAUUAGCACCCCAGAUGGAUAGUUUGAAACUUUUUUUUUGUGUGUUCCAAAAUAUGCAUCAAUCCUGUGUGUGUUUUGUGAUAUUUUAUUUGUACUGUCAGAACUCAACUCUUUUUGUAUUCUUCCAUGCAACCCUUUAAUGUCCUUCUAUUAUCUGGUGUAGUUUCUAAUCUGAUGAACAUGCCACAAAUAUUAGACUGUUCAGAGGAUGCUAUGGUUUAACCUAUUGAUCAUCCCCACAUUAUAGCCUGGUCCCAGAUAAGUUUGUGCUUUUUAGCCAAGUCAGAUGGUUCAAUUCCAAUGACUGUAGGCAAAACGCCAUAAACAGAUCUGAGGCCAGGCAAACCAUGUUUUUGCUCAAGUCAGAUUUUUUUUCCCCUGCAUGUGAGUGAAGAGAUUAACAGUCAUUCUUAACCUGAUUUAUCCAUAAAAUGUAAGGUUAUAUUUCCUCUACAAUAACCCUUUUAAAAGUUGUGUGUGUAUUGAGCCUGGGUACACUGGGCCUAUGUAGUUCUGUCUCAACUCUUCAUAUUUGGUUUGUCUUACUAUAUUUGUAUGGUAGCAUCUGCAACAAUGAGAUCACACCAAGUUAUAGCUUUAAACAAGGUGUCUUACCACUGUUUUACAAUGUUUUUGUUUCUUGUUUUAGCCGCCCAGGUGUAUAAAGGUCCUUCACAUACUGUGUAUCAUCUAGAUCAUUUUCAUCACCAAUAAACGUUUGUUUUCAUUA